GACCAAUCCAGACUCGCAACAGCAUUCAAUAAGAUGAACCGAUUUAUAACUUAGCAGUACCGACUACCGUCUCCCAAUUACUUCCAUAGUGACGGGCUGGGCCAACAGGCCCAUGUUGGUUGAGCUUGGCUUGGGCCGAAUAUAACAACGGAGCGUCUCGGUCAAAUCGUCGAUGCCUUUCUGUGGGAAGGAACAGCUCCGACGAGGGAUUCUGCUGCUGAUCUCCUCUCUCCGGGAUUCUUCCUCCGCCAAAUUUAGUCCCUCGGAAACUGUCGUCGCCGCCCUCUGAAGCCACCUCCCUCUCUCUCAAACCCGCCGGCACUUCCUUGAUAGCUGUGUGACUAAACAGGGUUUGGGUUGAUUGUGCAAAAUUCUAGCCAUAAUGCGGUUCAGAAGCUAAGGUGUUUUUCGGAGUAAUGGCUGGAGGAGGGCGUCAUCCGCCUAAGUUAGAUGGGCGUUCAUCUCUUCAAGCUCCCGGGAUGUUGAGACACGGUUCAUUACCGAAUGGUGUACGUGUGUUGGAUCCUUUGUCUCAUCCAGGUCGCUUGGAGAACAAAGUUGCGGCUCAGGCUGCUGAUAUCGCACAACUCACUAGUGAUAAUCAAAGAUUGGCAGCAGGGAAUCUAGCCUUGAAACAGGAUCUGGUCGCUGUCCAAAACGAGGCACAGCAACUCAAGGCACACAUCAGGAGCAUCCAGACAGAGAGCGAUAUUCAGAUUAGGGUUUUGUUGGACAAGAUUGGGAAAAGGGAGGCAGACAUUAGGGCUGCUGAAAAUGUGAAGGAAGAUCUUAAGCAGGCGCAUCACGAGGCACGGAACUUGGUCAGGGAUAGGAAGGAGCUGAUUAGCAAAAUUCAGCAGGCCUCCCAUGAAUUGAAAACUAUUCGUGGAGAGUUCAAGAGCUUUCCGGAUCCAGAAGCCGAGCUCGACGAUUUGAAGCAGGAGUACAAAAGACUAAGGGACACAUUUACGUACGAGAAAGGGUUCAACUUGGCCAAAGUGGAGGAGCUGAAAUCGGCAGAGAAGAACCUGAUUGAGAUGGCAAGCGAUGUGGAAAAGAUAUAUGCCGAAAUCUUGAAUGCCGAGAAGAGAGCCCGUGGUGGAGCUCCAUCCGCUGCUAACUAUGGACUAGGUAAUGGUACGUAUGUCGAUUCAUAUAGAAGGCCUCUCGUUCAUCCGAGUAUCGGGGCAGCUGGUGACCAGAUGAUGAAGUCGUACAGGAGUGGCAAUGACGUAGGUGGAAGUAGUGGCGCUGGCCACCAUGAUCAAUAACAGAGAGAGAGAGAGAGAGCAAUUUGCAAGUAGAAGGUGGAGAACUGCACUUUCUGGAGGAAAGAAGGAAUGAUUUUUGUUUAAUUGGGUGUCUCACACUACCCUUUAUGCUCCCUGUGUUGUGUAGAUAAUAGAUUAAUUAGGUGAAUUUAGAAUCUCCUCCUGGCUGAUUAAUGUAUGCAGAAAGAAUGCAAGUUGAUCUCUCGAAAAUGUUAUCAAGCAGGAGUGGUUUUACUGACAUUAGAUUGUUGUAAUGUUUAUCUUUUUUGCUCAUACUGUUGUUCAUUUGCUACUUCGUGCCAGAUUAAUCUAUGCAGAAAGUAUGCCUAUU